UGACGUGGUGUUUUCGCCCCGUGUCCGGAAGUGUUGCGGCUUCUGGUCCACUUGUGGUAUUUUAUCAUAUUUGUUAGUGACUUUAGGCGUUAUGGUGGUGAAUUUAACAACGAUGUAGUCUGACUGGUUGAAGACAUGAUUGUGUCAGAGCCUCAACGCGCACAGAGAAUGUGACGCGGAUGGAAAUUUAAACAUUUCUUCAGUGUGACACAAAGCUAGCUAGCAAGCAAGCACAUUAGCAAGGCUGCUAACUGCAGCUGGAUUGUGAUUAAACUUCCUAAAGUCUGCCGAAUUUUAUCUCAGAGUGAUUUAGUUAAAGCGGGGGAAAUGAUUAAAAACGUGAAGAAGCUCUGUCAUAUUACCUACCGGCGACUUUGGCUCAAUGUUGAUAUGUGAAAGAAUGGAGACAUAAGAUAAAUGCUGCAGUGAGUUUGGGGGCUUGAACAUGGAGGAGAAAUACAGCAGUAACGUCCUCUCAGGAGGAAAACUGGGAAGGGUGGAAGUCCCCAAUUCCAGGUUAACUAGGUACAUAGUUUUACUACUCAUCUCAAAAGUCUUGAAGGCUCUUGGGAUUUUCGAAUCCUACGAUAUCCUCAAAGUAGUUCACAUUGUACAGUUCAUCUCAUACUAAAAUUUGGGACUGCUGUAGUUCUUCUUUUCUUUCAAUAAGCCAUUCUCGUCUGGAAAAAGUAUUUCAAAAAGACAGUGGAUAAAACUACUAAAGCAUGCAGUUUUUAGCUGCAUCAUAUCCCUUUGGGUUCUUGGUUUAACUCUCUGUGGACCGCUAAGGACAUUGUGCUUUUUUGAACACAGCGAUGGUGUCUCAUCACUCUCCCUCCGUGUUCCUGUCACAAGUUCAGGAGGUGGGCCAUCCAAGACCAGAGGUGCUGCUUUCUUCAUUAUCGGUAUCUGUCUCCUUCUCUUUGACAACGAUCAUCUCAUGGCAAAGAUGGCCGAGCACCCUGAGGGGCAUCAUGACAGCGCUCUCACUCAUUUCCUUCACAACUGCCAUUGUAUUCUAGGUGUUGCAGAUCACAAAGGUGGUGUUGUGCUGCUUGUGGUUUCUCUGUGCCUGAAGGUGGCCUUCCACACAGCUUCCAGGAAAUUAUCAGUGGAAAUUGGUGGUGCCAAACGCCUCUAUGCUCUCGACAACUUGGUUUCUGCUGCGGUGCUGCUGCCCUGGGUCAUAGUGCUCUCAGCCACUACAGAGAGUAAAGUGGAUUCGUGGUCUUCCUUCAUCUUGCCUUUUGGGAUGAUCAUCUUCUCUGUGAUGAUCCUGGAGUUUUAUGUUGAGGCCAUCUGCACCGCAAAGAUGGAGAUGCCGAGGUGUGCCUGUUACGGCGCCAUCGCUCUCUUCCUCAGUGGCCUGCUCCUGGCAAACUUCUGGACCCAUCCGCUGACUGACCAGCUGCGGUCCAACAAACCCUCACACCAGAUCAGCACGGAACUGCUGUCUGGAGGGGUGGUCAUCAGCGCCAUCUUCUUCAUCAUGUCAUCCAUCAUUCUCUCAUCUCCAUCAAAGAAGGGCCAAAAGGGCACUUUGGUGGGUUACUCACCUGAAGGGAUUCCACUGUACAACUUCAUGGGCGACGCCCUGCAGCACACAUCUCAGUCCCUUCCACGGUUCAUCAAGGACUCUCUGAAACAGAUCCUGGAGGAGUAUGACUCCAGACAGAUCUUCUAUUUCCUCUGUCUUAACCUUGCUUUUACCUUCGUGGAGCUGUUCUACGGCGUGUGGACGAACAGUCUAGGCCUGAUCUCUGACGGCUUCCACAUGCUGUUUGACUGCUCAGCUUUAGUCCUCGGCUUAUUUGCUGCUCUCAUGACCCGCUGGAAAGCCACCAGGAUCUUCUCUUUUGGGUACGGCCGUGUGGAAAUCCUUUCCGGCUUCAUCAACGGGUUGUUCCUGAUGGUCAUCGCUUUUUUUGUCUUUGUUGAGUCCAUCACUCGUUUGUUGGAUCCUCCGAAUAUAGAUACAGACAUGCUGACUCCGGUGUCUGUUGGCGGCUUGCUGGUCAACCUGGUGGGCAUCUGCGCGUUCAGUCACGCCCACUCCCACGGAGGCAAAAGCUGCUCAUCACAUGACCACGGUCACUCGCACCACGGUCACAGCCACAGCGAACACGGUCACGGAGGUCACGGCCACUCUCACGGGGGUCACGGUCACACUGGACACGGACACUCCCACAGCUCUGUGGGUGAAGGCAUGAAUGCCAACAUGAGAGGUGUUUUUCUCCACAUACUGGCUGAUACGUUGGGCAGUGUUGGCGUGAUCAUCUCCACCAUCCUCAUCCGCCAGUUCGGCUGGUUGAUCGCUGACCCCAUUUGCUCCCUCUUUAUCGCGACGCUGAUUUUUCUCAGUGUCAUUCCGCUGCUGAAAGACGCCUGUGAGGUUCUUCUUCUGCGAACUCCCCCAGCACACGAGAAGGAUCUGAACAGUGCGUUGGAAAAGGUCGAGAAGAUUGAAGGAGUUCUGUCCUACAGAGACCCUCAUUUCUGGAGGCAUUCAGCCAGCGUGGUCGCAGGAACGAUUCACCUCCAGGUCAUGUCGGACGUCGUGGAGCAGAGGAUUGUUCAGCAGGUCACAGCUGUUUUGAAAGACGCCGGGGUGAAUAAUUUGUCGGUGCAGGUGGAGAAGGAGGCGUAUUUCCAGCACAUGUCUGGACUCGGAAGUGGCUUUCAGGAUGUUCUAGCAAUGACGCAGCAGAUGGACUCAAUGAAAUACCCGAACGAUGGCACGUGUAUCAUGUAACCGUCGUCUGUGGGACCAAAUGAAACUUUAAUUUGUCCAAAUGGUUUUUAUUAUGGAAAUGUGCAGUAUGUGUAAAAUAAAUCUAAAUAUAUUGGUU